CAGAAAAUAGUUUGGGUCCAUUUCUUCUCUCACGAAUCUGUGAUUCCUACAUUCCGGCGCCGCAAACAUCAACCGAACAAUUCGCCGGCGACACAUUGAAGCCUUUUGCAUCGCAACCAUCAACCCGUCACUUCCAUUAAGAAUGAGAAAAGUAAGUUCUUUUGUUAAGCCAUAUUUCCUUAUUCCAUUUUUACCCUUAUCACACUCACACUUUACAACCCUAACCCAUCGAUCCCCUCCCAAAGAUGUUGAUAUUGAUAAUGUUGUUUCCUCAUUCAAUCGCAUGCUCCGUAUGAAUCCCACCCCAUCCAUUGUUGAAUUCAAUAAGAUCUUAACUUCUCUUGUUAAGACUAAGACCCAUUACAACACUGUUAUUUCCUUUUUCCGAAAAAUGCAAUUCAACGGAAUUGUGCCGAGUAUUGUUACUCUCGGCAUUGUCAUCAAUUGUUAUUGCCAUCUACGUGAAAUCAAUUUUGCAUUUUCUCUGUUUGGAAAAAUUCUCAAAAUGGGUUAUCAGCCCGAUACCAUAACCUUAAAUACACUUGUCAAAGGUUUUUGUCUUAAUGGUAAGGUGAAAGAAGCUCUACACUUUCAUGACCGUGUGCUUGCACUUGGAUUUCAAUUGAACCAAGUUACUUAUGCGACCUUGAUCAAUGGAUUGUGUAAAAUGGGAGAAACAAGAGCUGCCUUGCAAGUGUUGAGAAAGAUUGAUGGGAAAUUGGUCAACACCGAUGUGGUAAUGUAUAGCAUAAUUAUUGAUAGUUUGUGUAAAGAUAAACUUGUAAUUGAUGCUUAUGAGUUAUAUUCUGAAAUGAUUGCAAAGACAAUUUCUCCUGAUGUUGUCACUUUCAAUUCUCUAAUCUAUGGAUUUUGCAUUGUUGGUCGAUUGAAAGAAGCAUUUGGUUUGUUCCAUCAAAUGGUAUUGAAAAACAUCAACCCAAAUGAUUAUACUUUUAAUAUAUUGGUUGAUGCUCUUUGCAAGGAAGGAAAUGUGAAAGGAGCUAAGAAUGCGUUGGCUAUGAUGAUCAAAGGAAGUAUAAAACCAGAUGUUGUUACAUACAAUUCAUUAAUGGAUGGGUAUUGCCUAGUUAAUGAAGUGAAUAAGGCCAAACAUGUUUUAAGCACUAUUGCUCGAAUGGGAGUGGCUCCUGAUGCUCAGAGCUAUAAUAUCAUGAUUAAUGGAUUCUGUAAGAUUAAAAUGGUCAAUGAAGCUUUGAGUCUCUUUAAUGAAAUGCGUUGUCAAAGAAUUUCUCCCAAUACGGUAACUUACAAUUCUCUCAUUGAUGGUUUGUGCAAAUCAGGUAGAAUCUCCCAUGCUUGGAAGCUUGUCGAUGAGAUGCAUGUUAAUGGUCAACCACCUGACAUAUUUACCUACAGUUCUUUAAUAGAUGCUUUAUGCAAAAACAAUCAUCUUGACAAAGCUAUUGCAUUAGUCAAGAAAAUUAAAGACCAAGGCAUUCAACCAAAUAUGUACACAUACAAUAUACUUAUUGAUGGGUUAUGCAAAGGAGGACGACUUAAGAAUGCACAAGAUGUUUUUCAAGAUCUAUUAACUAAGGGUUAUAGUCUAAACAUCCGAACGUAUAAUAUUUUGAUCAAUGGACUUUGUAAAGAGGGCUUGUUUGAUAAAGCAGAGGCCUUGUUGUCAAAAAUGGAGGAUAAUGAUAUCAAUCCUAAUGUUGUAACUUAUGAAACUAUUAUCCGCUCUCUCUUUUAUAAAGAUUACAAUGAAAAGGCGGAGAAACUUCUUCGUGAAAUGGUUGCUAGAGGUCUAUUGUAUUCUGAAUUUCAGGAUUUGCUACCUAAGGGACACGUUAUCUUCAGCAGUAAAGAAAGACAUUGUCUGGAUUACAGCCCUGGCUACCCUACAAGCUUAGAGGUAAUAGCAUUAGAAGUAUCAAUCAUGUUUAUAGAGUUGUUGAGGAGUUUACAUUUACACUUCAUUUUUUUAUCAGUCAAUGUUGUGUCCGACACCUGUGUCUGCGACUGCGUUGAUUGUAAAAUGGGAGAAACAAGAGCUGCCUUGCAAAUGUUGAGAAAGAUUGAAGGGAAAUUGAUCAACACUAAUGUGGUAAUGCAUAAUACAAUCAUUGAUAGUUUGUGUAAAGAUAAAUUGGUACUUGAUGCCUAUGGGUUAUAUUCUGAAAUGAUUGCAAAGAAAAUUUAUCCUGAUGUUGUCACUUUCAGUUCUCUAAUCUAUGGAUUUUGUAUUGUUGGUCAAUUCAAAGAUGCAUUUCGUUUGUUCCAUGAAAUGGUAUUGAAAAACAUCAACCGAGAUGUUUAUACUUUUAAUAUAUUGGUUGAUGCUCUUUGUAAAGAAGGAGAUGUGAAAGUAGCUAAGAAUCUGUUAGCCGUUAUGAUGAAAGAAGGUGUAAUACCGGAUGUUGUUACCUACAAUUCAAUAAUGGAUGGAUAUUGCCUAGUUAAUGAAGUAAAUAAGGCCAAACAUGUGUUCAACAUUAUUUCUCAAAUGGGAGUGGCUCCUGAUGCUCAUACCUAUAGUAUCAUGAUUAAUGGAUUUUGUAAGAUUAAAAUGGUUGAUGAAGCCUUGAGUCUCUUUGAUGAAAUGCGUCGCAGAGGAAUUGCUCCUAAUACGGUAACUUACAAUUCUCUCAUUGAUGGUUUAUGCAAAUCAGGGAGAAUCCCCUAUGCUUGGGAGCUUGUUGAUACAAUGCAUAAUAAUGGUCAACCUGCCGACAUAUUCACUUACAAUUCUUUGAUAGAUGCUCUAUGCAAAAACCAUCAUAUUGACCAGGGCAUUCAACCAGAUAUGUAUACAUACAAUAUACUUAUUGAUGGACUAUGCAAAGGAGGACGACUUAAGAAUGCACAAGAUAUUUUUCAAGAUCUUUUGAUUAAGGGUUAUAGUCUACAUACUCAAUAAUAUUAUGGUCAAUGGACUUUGUAAAGAGGGGUUGUUUGAUGAAGUAGAUGCCUUGAUGUCUAAAAUGGAUGACAAUGGUAUCAUUCCUGAUGCUGUAACUUAUGUAACUAUCAUCCGGGCUCUCUUUCAUAAAGAUGAGAAUGAACAGGCGGAGAAACUUCUUCGUGAAAUGAUUGCUAGAGGUCUACUAUAAUGGAGACACUAGGUGAGAUGGUUUCUCAUUAUACAUUUGGUUUUUGAAUUUUGAUGACAGCUAUCCAAAAUUUAUUUUUUAUUUAUUUUAGGUGCUUUUUUAUUUGGUGUUAUCGAGUUCGAUUGAUAAGAGACCAUUGCAAUGUUGUAAUUUCUCUAACAAUUUUGUUAUACACUUGAAAUCUUAGGUAGCUCUAUACUCCUUUUUCACGUGUUUAUAUGUUACUAUGAUAUCUUUUGGGUCUUCUGUUCUAGGAAGUGCAUUUGUAAAACAAUAUCUUUGGAUGCUGUUCAUGUUUUAAAGUUUUUCUCCGAAGUAAAAAAGUACAUUUCUUUGUUGGCAUGACUAUUUUUUGGUGCUAAUCUGUUUUGCUGGCAUAGCAUACCGCUCAAUUCGAGUUUGUUAACAUGCAAUUGUGUUUUUCUGAUAGACUAAUGAGCACAAGUCGUAACAUGCUAUUGUUCAAAUGUCUAGUAUGAUUUAUUAGACUCUUGUUGUUGUGUGCUAUAAGUUUCCGGGUGCAACACAUAAUUUAUUAGAUUCUUGUUGUUGUGUGCUAUAAGUUUCCGGGUGCAACACAUACACCUUACAUGAAAUAUAUUUUAAAAGGAUGGUUUUGUUGGAAACUCAAUGUUAACAAGGUUAGUACUACUCUCUCCGUUCUUAGAUACAUGCAACAAGAAAGACUAACUUAUAUAUUGAUUGCUCUCUGCGUGUUAAUUCACUUAUAUAAUAUAAGAAAUAUGGAUAAUAAUAAAUUGUUUGUUGAUUGCUCAAUGUGUAUUGUUUUGUUUGGUUGCUUCGUAAUUUCAUUUGUUGAACGUUCUGUACCUGGACUGAUUUUGUUUUGUCCUCUGUUUGGACUUUGGACCGAUUUUAAUUGUUUUGUUUCAUUUAACGUUUUGCUCUUUAUUAAGAUGGAUUUCGUUUUGUUGAUUUUGAGUGAUUUGACAUGUUGAUUUUUUUGGACAUAUUCAACUGUUGCUCUCUGAUAUUGGUUUUAUGGAAGAAUGUUGUUUGCCAUUCUCCAGUGCUACUCUUGGUGUUGAUAGUGUAAGUAGCUUGGUGUUUAUGUGAUUUUUGUUUAGAUUAGGUGGCUUCAGAGCUUUGUAAUACUCGGUGUCUUGACAGAUUUUGUAGUAUGUGGAAUUUGAUGUGCAUUUUUUUCCACAAGAUGCUCCUAGAAGUUGUUGUGUUAUAAUGAUUAUGUAAACAUAAUCAAGUUUAGGGAUCUUAGAGACAACAAGAUGCUUAUAGAUUGAUGCUUCAGAAAUUUGGUGGCAUAUGCUCAUAGAUUGUAAUUACUCCUUUAGUAUGACUUAUGGUUAUGGACUACAUAUGGUUUCAGAUUAUUCUCUCUAUAGUUUGGAGAUAUCAUUUGAUAUGCUAGCUGGUUCAUGUUAUAGUAUUUGUAAUUUGUAGUUAAAUUCUCUUUGAUAAGUCCUUGUUCUCAAUUUGUGUUUGGGAUAGAGUGAGUACCUCUUAUAGUCCAUUCUUUUAAAAUAUAUCUCUAUACUGUCUUAUUGUUUUCUUUCUGUUUUGAUUGUAUCAACAAGUAUAAUUCAUUGUGGGCAUAGAAAUGCUAAAGAAAUCUUAAAUAUCUUAAUUCAUGGAUCUUUUGUCAAUUUUUUAGACGAAAAGCUUAGGUUGCUGCCAUGAUUUAUAGUUACCAUGAUCCUUGGUUAUCAACUAUCGAAAGAGUAUUUACUCAUUACUAUCCGGUUUAAUAGUGCUUUUCACCCCUGUAAUAUAGGCUAUUUCCGGUUUUCUCCCCUAUAAAAUUUUCGGUUUGAUUUGCAUCCUUACUAUCCUCAAGUUGUUCUUUUAGGAGUCUUAUAUUUCUUGGAAUGCAUUGCUUCAAAACAGAACGUAAGAAGGGGUACUGCUAGAAUUUUUCACCAGUUUUGCAUAAUGAUUACAUAUCAUACUGUUCUUGUAAUUUUUUGGACUGCCUUGCUGCAAAACAGAAUGUAAGGUUCGACAGGUUGUAUGGGUUUCGGUAACAUGGACAAUAUGGCUGUCUAAAAACUAGAUGCAGAUUGUAGCACAAGAUAUUAAAGUUGGAGUUUAAUAGAUUGGAACUAUAGAUUGUAUGGAAAAUCUAUGGUUGCAGCUCUUUCAAACAUUAUUUUAGGUUAAGAUGGUCCAAGUCCUGCUCACAGAUGCAAUUGGAAAUUCUCUUCACACCACUUUCACUGUCUUUUCUUCAACCCUCUUUUGAGCCUCGUGCAUCUUCAACUCUCCCCUCCAUUUUCUCUUUCUUCAUCUCCCUGUCAAGUGUCAACACCAUGUUUCGAACUCUACUCCUCUUCCGCCUCCGAUCCACCUAGUUCCAUUGCCCCUUUAGAACCGUACAGCUCUCCAACAUCACCGAUGAGCCUGAGAAGCUUCGCUGAAGUCACAAAUUCCAUCCUCCGCAACAAAUUAAAUCUAACAGGAAUUGUAGUCCAUAAAGAGCUUCAUUACAUGAGGGAGAGUGGAGAUCAGCUGAGGAACAGAGUUGUGAAAAUAGGAAUGGAAGCAUUUUAAACUACGACUAGGUGUUGCUCGACCAUGGCCACGAACGGAGAGACCCUCUGCCAAAGCAUGAGAGAGAGGAUAGUGGAUUUGCAUCUUCAGGCCCAUGCUUUAACGAGAUUUCCUUGAUUCAAAUUAGAGGACAUGUUAUCUCUGAUGCAAUAUCUCCUUUCAUCUUUCCACCAACUACACUAUUCAUCGCUGGAAGCAUGUGCAGAAGUGAACAUUCUAACCUCAGAAUGUUCCAUUUGUUAUUACUUUAGGUUCAUUUGUAAGACUUAACUUUUAAUGUAAUCAAACCUAAUAGUAAAACACAACUGAAGUGCAUUGAAUGCAUCAUCUAGGAUGAUAUUCUCAUUGGAAUAUUCCUAGUACUUUAAUGUUCGUAGUCUUGAUUGAACAUUAAAGAUCCUUUGACAUAAUUCUUUGACCAUGCCUUUAUUUGUUGAUAGAUCCAUGCAGAUGUACUUUUCUGGACCUUUUA